CACGUGACGAGCGCUGCCUGCGAUGACCUCAUCCCUGGUGUGGGAUGACGUCAAAUUCAAGAUGGAUGGAAUCACAGCGGCAGCGGCGGCUGCGGCGCGCGCGAGCCGAGUGUGAGCGGAAAGGGGCCCGGCGUCUGCCUCCGGGCUGAAGGCCGGAAACAACAUGAAAUAGAAACCAUUCAGGCAGAGUUUGGGAAGAUAUUUGUGUGCGAGGAGCCAAGUGAUAAGCCCAAGCAAUGGAGGGGUUACUGCAUUACAUCAACCCGGCACAUGCCAUUUCUCUCCUGAGUGCGCUCAACGAGGAGCGUCUCAAAGGCCAGCUGUGUGACGUGCUUCUGAUCGUUGGAGACCAAAAAUUCCGAGCUCAUAAAAAUGUCCUGGCUGCCAGCAGUGAAUACUUCCAGAGCUUAUUCACAAAUAAGGAAAAUGAGUCCCAGUCUGUAUUUCAGCUUGACUUUUGUGAACCAGAUGCUUUUGAUAAUGUUUUGAACUACAUUUAUUCUUCAUCUUUGUUUGUCGAGAAAGGCAGCCUUGCGGCUGUGCAAGAACUAGGAUACAGCCUGGGGAUUUCCUUUUUGACGAACAUUGUUUCUAAGACCCCUCAAGCCCCCAUUCCAGUGUGUCCCAACAGAAAAAAAAUAUUCAUAGAACAUGAUGAGAACAGUUCUCAAAAGAGAAGUGUCAUCGUCUGUCAAAGUAGAAACGAAGCACAAGGAAAAACCGUCAGUCAGAACCCACCCGAUACCAGCCACGCUCCCCGGCCCUCCCCUAGCAUUGCGGUCAAGACCAGCACCAGUAAGCCACAUGUUCCAAAGGCAGUGGAACCACUGCACAGUCUGUCACUGACCGAAAAGAGUUGGCCCAAAGAUGGUCCUGUGGGCUACGUGAAGGCCCUUGAGCAUUCUGUAGCUUUGGACGACCCCAGCAGAAGCAGUCAGGUGAAAAGGAAUGCCGCGCUGCCUUCCGCACCGCUGCAGGACAGAGAGGCAGCGGAUGACAAACCAGGCGCCAGCGCUCAGCUUCCCAAAGGAAAAGCCAUAGAGCUGGCUUUGAAGCGGCCGCGGCCACCUGUCUUGUCUCUUCGCAGCUCCUCGGAGACGCCCUAUCUGUUGAAAGAAACCAGCCGAGGCAGUGGGCCGGGCGAGGAUAGGAACUUGCUGUACUACUCGAAGUUGGGCUUGGUGAUCCCGUCCAGCGGGUCUGCUGCUGCGACCCAGAGCAUCGACAGAAGCGGCCCGCUCGUGAAGAGCCUCCUCCGGCGGUCACUGUCGAUGGACAGCCAGGUCCCUGUCUACUCGUCCUCGCUAGAUUUGAAAUCUUCCCAGGGGCCCUCCUCAGUGCCGGGGGAUGCACCCGGGACUGCGUUUUGUGCUUUGUCUCAAAAGUCAUCUUUAAAAGACUGUGGUGAGAAGCCAGUCCUGGACGAGCGGCCUCCAGCCGCGCAGCCGCACCGCCUCAGGUCCUUGAGUGCAUCUCAGCCCGUGGAGAGGGAGGGCGCCGAGGUGCGAAUCAAGACGGAGCCCCGCAGCCCACUGGCGGACCCCUCCGACAUCAUCCGCGUCACGGUGGGAGACGCCACGGCCGCGUCCUCCGGCACGAGAGACCUUUCUCUGAAAGCAGAAGACGACCAGAAAGACAUGAGCAGACUCCCGGCCAAAAGGCGGUUCCAGGCAGACAGAAGGCUGCCGUUUAAGAAGCUAAAGGUGGACGAGCACGGCUCCCCGGUGUCGGAAGAUAACUUUGAGGGCGGCUCGAGCCCUCCUCUCCUCCAUGCGGACUUUCCAGACUCUGACUUGAAUAAGGAGGAAUUUGGUGAGUUGGAGGGCACAAGAUCAAACAAAAAGUUUAAAUGCAAACAUUGCCUUAAGAUCUUUAGAUCAACAGCGGGUCUUCACCGGCACAUUAACAUGUACCAUAAUCCAGAAAAGCCCUAUGCCUGUGACAUCUGUCACAAACGGUUUCACACAAACUUCAAAGUGUGGACCCACUGUCAGACCCAGCACGGCAUCGUGAAGAAUCCGUCACCGGCCUCUAGUUCACAUGCCGUUUUGGAUGAAAAAUUCCAGAGAAAGCUGAUUGACAUAGUGAGAGAGAGAGAGAUUAAGAAGGCCCUGAUCAUUAAAUUGAGGCGCAGCAAGCCCGGUUUUCAGGGCCAGAGUAGCUCCCAAGCCCAAGCCAUCAAGAGGAACUUGCGAUCGCGAGCCAAAGGAGCGUACAUUUGUUCGUACUGUGGCAAAGCCUAUCGCUUUCUCUCGCAGUUCAAACAGCACAUAAAAAUGCACCCGGGAGAGAAGCCCCUUGGAGGACACAAGGCCGCGAAGCCGAGAGAGCACGCUGCCCUGGGCCCGGUAGAGAAGGAGGUUUUCCAGUGCCGCCUCUGUAACGCUAAGCUCUCUUCUCUCCUAGAGCAAGGAAGCCACGAGCGACUGUGCCGCAGCGCAACCGUGUGCCCUUACUGCAGCCUCAGGUUUUUCUCGCCCGAGCUCAAGCACGAGCACGAGAGCAGGUGUGAGUACAAGAAGCUGACGUGCCUGGAGUGCAUGCGCACGUUCAAGUCGUCCUUCAGCAUCUGGCGACACCAGGUCGAGGUCCACAACCAGAACUCCAUGGCGCCGGCCGAAAACCUCUCCCUGCCCGGCCUGGACCACAACGGGGAGCUCACGGGCUCCUCCAGGCCCCAGGCCGAGCCCCCGAAGGCCAACCACGUGGGCACGGCCAAAGACGACACGGCGUGCAGCAGCGACUGCUCGGAGCAGGUGAACUUCGACUCGGAAGAUUCCUCCUGUCUCCCCGAGGACCUCAGCCUUUCGAAGCCCCUCAAAAUCCAAGUGAAAGAGGAGCCUGUGGAGGAGGCCGAGGUGGAGGCGCCUGAGGCCAGCGCCGCCCCCAAAGGAGCCGCGCCCAGCAAGGACCCCGGCCUGUGGCCCUGCGAGAAGUGCGGCAAGACGUUCACGGUGCCCAAGCAGCUGGAGCGGCACCAGGAGCUGCUGUGCUCCGUGAAGCCCUUCAUCUGCCACGUUUGCAACAAAGCGUUUCGCACCAACUUUCGGCUCUGGAGUCACUUCCAGUCCCACAUGUCUCAGGCUACGGAGGACGCGGCGCCCAAGGAUUCGGAUGUGCGCCCCGUCCCCACAAACUCGCCGUCCCCGCCGCCUCUGCCCCCGCCACCCCCGCUGCCCAAGAUCCAGCCGCUGGAGCCCGACAGCCCCACGGGCCUGUCUGAGAACACGGCCCCCACCACGGAGAGGUUGUUUGUGCCCCAGGAAUCGGACACGCUCUUUUACCACGCCCCGCCCCUCUCGGCCAUCACAUUUAAGAGACAGUUCAUGUGUAAACUUUGCCACAGGACCUUCAAGACCGCCUUUAGUCUUUGGAGUCACGAACAGACCCACAAUUAGAGGGCCACCCCGUCCCCCCUGUAACCACAGGGGGGGCAGCCUCCAGAUUUCAGCCUGCAUUGUGAAAUGUGUCGUAAGAAAGAACCUAUUUUUUACAAAAGAAUAAUAAAGGUUGGAAAUUGUUAUGCUUGAAUAUAAGUUUGAGGUAAACUGAUGUUACUUAGUAAUGUCCUUACUUAACUGAGGAAAACUGAAAACUGUGCUUCUGGACCUGCAGUCACACGUGACGCGACUUCGUGGGUGUGGAAAGCCGCUCGCUCUGGUGGUCUGCAUGACUCCUCAUUCCACAGCGUCAGCAGGGUCUGCUACUCGGGCUGCUUUUGUUUCCUUACUGAUUUGCCGUUAGUGAAAUACUAUUAUAGGAUUUCUUCUUUGGAUUAUAUCAGACACAUAAGUUCUAGUUAAAUCUCAGCCAUGUUUUUAAGUCCAGAAUGUAUAAGGAAGAAGUGGGGUAGUUUGCAGUAUCGAUUUAGGUCUUUAGCAAUAAAAAAAAAAAAAAAUGAUAAACCUCAACUUUAAUAAGUUAUCCUGACACUUGAUAAAAAUAUUUGGCAUUUUCUGGUCACGUAGAACUUUUUUUUGUAUGAAAAUUGUGAAAAAUUUAAAUCAGCAAUAGUAAUACUUAGAUUUUUAUAAAACAAAAACUUGCUCUUGGGUCAUUUAAUAUAAUUAUUGAUGAAAGACUUGGGCAACGAAAAUAUUAAGACUUCUGACAGGCCUCUAAAGUCAGUUUACAAAAGUGUCAGUGGCGACAGGCGUUGUAAUCAAAACUGUGCGUGCUGUGUACACAUCACAGUUCUAAGUUCAGACCAGCAUUUGAGGACUGUAAAUAUUUGGUUUUCUCGGAUUUAUGCUGCCACACAUUGAAAAUCUGAGUGUAUUUGGGACAAAGAUAACAUGGCACUAAUUUUGAAUUUAACAACAUUAGGAUAACAAAUAAGAAGGUCGGGACAUAUAUUUACACGGGUCCGUAGCCCCCCGAGUCAGGACAGCUGCUCUGAAUCCUGAAUUAACCAUCUCCCUCCAGAGUCUUGAAGCAGAGGACAAACACCACACUGCAUGCAGUCUCUACAUGCUUUUCAAGAACAAUAUUUACAGUAUCCAGUUUCCUGCCUUUGUCUUGUGUUGAGUUCCGUUAGAAUUUGUUGGAGUUUAUCGUGGUGAAACAUCCAUAGUGAAACCAUUCUGCUUUGAGUUGCUGCUUAGUAUUUCAUAAAUCCAUAUUAAAGUGUACUGUCAAGGGUUCAAAAGUAGUUUUUCUACUUAUUUUGGCCCAUAGGGUUUAGGCUUCUUCUUUUUUUCCUAUUUCACAUAAGUUGUAAUUAAAAGCCUUUUAGUAAGUGUUAUCGAAAGUUCAAGGGGCUGUUUCAGAUGGGAAAAUUUUUAUUUCAUUUGUGUGUGGGGGGGGCAGGGGCAGGAUUAGAUACAUAAAAGAAAAAUUGUGGAAACUACGAAACCCUUUUUAAGGUAGUGAUAUGGAUUAAGACUCCAGGUUUAUUAACUGUUGGCAAGCUAUUCUUUCAAAUUUAAAAAAUCAACUACUGGGACUAAAAUAAUUUGCUGAGUAGUUAAAAUUUGCACCAGCAGGAAAGACGUGCCCUCGUCGGUCUCGACCCACAUUUCCAUAUCAGUGGUAGGAAAGAUAGUCUUUUUAUUGAAACAAGCAUUUUUAUAAAAUACAAAUUGACUUUGAACAUUAUAGAAAUUAUAUAUGUACUUUUGCCUUUUAUUCUUUCAUUUGAAAGUUACCAAAAGUCCCAAAAAUAUUUGAGUGGUUACUGCCUAUUUCUAGUCUUACUUGAAUUUGAUGGAGAAAGGGGAAUAAAAUUAGAGUUAAUGAUUAUUACCAUCUUUAUAUUUUCUUGAAGAAAUCUAUGCAUUUUAAAGACAAAACUAAAGCAUGCGAUUUUACUUGAAACAUUAGGGUGGAUUAUCAUUCAUUGAGGCCAUUCCCCAUAUAAGUGGUAUUUCUUGCUCUGCGCACCUCGGUAGCUGUCACUUCAGAAGAAGAGUUUCCCUCAGAGUAAUCAUUACUUACAGCUGUUAGAGUAUCUAUAAGAAUUCCACGAUACACAGUAUCUUGGCAUUGUAAAUCAGUAUCCCAAGACUUGAACCUUUAUGCUACAUUUUUGAGGAUUUUUUAAUGUUAAUCAGUAAAAAAUAUUUUUGAUCUAAAUACAGGCUCUGCGUAUCUGUUGGAUUUUAAAAGGUUGCCAGUGUUUUGUCUUGUUCACAUUUUUGUCUAGGCAAGGAACAUAAGAUUUCAAGUAAAAUUUUGAACCAAAAACAUUUAUAAUGCAGUUCUGGUUUUUCUAUUACUUUUUAUACUGUAUCUUAAAAGCACUAGGCUGAAAGAGUUUAUUUUGGUGGUCAAAAAAUAAAAUAUGCUUCCACUCAUGUAAUAACUAUUUUAAAUGUUAAGAAGUAAACUAAUGAAAGACAUGUUAAUUACUUUAUUCAAUAAACAGGUUUUUUAAGAAUGUUUAUCUCAGCCAGUGGGCAAAUACUUGGUAUGAGACAACUUGGUCUUUCAUUGUUACAACUCUUUAGCAAAGAUAUUCUUGAAAAAGUUUUUUCUGAUUGUGAUUAAUUUUUGAAAAUGUAAAAAGCUCAUUAUUCCUUGUAAGUAUUCAGGAUGCCUGCUUUUUUAUGCCGUUGUGGAAAGAAUGUAAGAUGUUUUAAUAUAUUCUUUGUUAAUCUAAGAAUCUGUUAUUUUCUUCAGGUGGGGGAGGGAGGGAAGAACACCGUAAAACAUGUUUUUAUCAAGGUAAGCAAUGGAGGUAACAAAUAGUGUACAUUUUUUAUAGUAAUAUUUCAAGAUUCAUAGAAUAUUUACCUUUCAAACUGGUUACAGUUAGUAUGCAUUUAUAAUUUUAUCAAAAUAUACGACUAACAAUUCAACAGUGACGUCAUGUGCAUUUGUGUGGAGGUGUAAGUGGUCCUUGGUUUUCUGAUUUGGAACGGUCAUUCUAGCCUUCUCUUUAAAAAUAUGCCCCAGCACUUCAUUGGUGAAUAUGUAAUCCACACACGGCACCCUUGGUGCUGAGAAUAGAAACUGAGACAAGAAUAAAACAUGCCCUUUGGUGGAGGCAUGGGGUGCUUUCCUCUGCGGGCAGCUGGACAGUCAGGGUGAGGGAGACACAAGAAUUAACUGAUCUAAAGUCAGCCUUUGUUCCCUCAAGUUUCUGUGUGUGUGUGAGCACGCGCACCUACAACCCAGGUCCUCUCGGAAGUCUAGGAAGUAAAAUUAUUUCAAUUUUCUUACUACAGAAAUAAUUAGGUGUCAUUCAUGACAGGUUCUUUAUAAUUGCACUAAUUAAUAUUGGAAUAUUACAAGUUAGUUUUAUCAAUUUCUCAUGUCUCCCUGAUGUGUUUUGCAAUAAUUGUGAAAAGCAUUGGUUGAAAUAAUGCCAACACAUACUCUUUAAUAAGUUCUGUAACACUGGCUUUUUUAAGUUUUCAAAAUAGGUUUUUCUCUUGUGGCUUUAGCACUUUAAGAAGUUUGACGUUUGCAUAAUUUCCAGUUUGCUCGUUCAGUGCUUCUCUGUUUUCUAGCUAUGGCUUUGCCAUGUGACAGAAGAAUCCCGAAUAGUCAGUGUUUAGAUUCUGGAGGGGAAAAAUGAGUUAAUGUCAGGUUUUUUAAAAAUUCCUUUUAGAGACAGCCAUUUGAGAACCAAAGUAUUUUACUGUAAAUUUUUAAAAGAAUUGAAUUCCGUGCUCUUUGGUCAUUUUUGAGUGCUGUCCAGGUUUUCCACAAAGUUGUCUUUGGUUAAUACUGAUAUUCAAUAGGUGAUCAUUUCUUAUUGACAUUCAUCCAAGACUUUCAAAAUUUUCAUUAAGUAAGUGCUUAUUGUUAAAAGAAAAACAAAUGUGGUUUUAUAAUUGUGUAUAUUUUGUUGUCAUUUGCCUUAGCAGAAUAAAACAUGGUUCAGUUUUCUUUAGGAAUAAGUUGUUUUGGACUGAAAAUUCAUAGUAAAAUAGGAUUUCUAUCUAAUGUUAAUCCAUUGCUUAUUUGUAUCCAAUUCUUUUGUCUGUUUACUUUGCUUAAAUCUUGACUAAGAAUGAUUGGAGUCAAUAAAUUUGUACUGUAUUUUG